GAUCAUUUAGAGACAAUGAGCAGAUUGGGUCCCAUACUUUUCUACCUUGCCGCUCCAGAUCGCGAGUCGGCAGUGCACUUCAUGCUCAUUGCUUCAAUUUCUUUCACUCUGCCACUUCGGACAGCGAGUCGGCAGCGCACCUCGUACUCAUUGGUGCAUUUUCUGACACUUUGCCACUCCGGACAGCGAGUUGGCAGUGCACUUCAUGAUGAUUGCUAUUACUUCUUUCCCUUUGCCUUACUCUGGACAGCGAGUUUGCAUCGCCUUUCAUGCUCAUUGCUACGAUUUCUUUCACUCUGCCACUCCGGACAGCGAGUCGGCAGCGCACAUCUUGCUCAGUGCUACGAUUUCUUUUACUUUGCCACUCCGGACAACGAGUCGGCGGUGCACCUCGUACUCAUUGGUGCAGACCCUUUCACUUUGCCGCUCGGGAUAACGAGUCGGCAGCGCACUUCGUGCUGAUUGCCCCUACUUGUUUCCACUUUGCCACUCCGGACAGCGAGUCGGCAAUGCAUUUCAUGCUGAUGGGUACAGUUUCUUUCCGCUUUGCCACUCUGGACAGCGAGUUGGCAGCACACUUGAUACAGAUUGAUGCAAUUUCUUUACAGCGAGGUGGCAUCACAUUCUCCGACUGAUGGCGUUGCUUGCCUUACUUCACCGUGCUCGGGACAGCGAGUUGGCGGUGCACUCUAGACUGCAAGGAAGACGGUGUCCUUCCGUGGUGGAUUUUGCUCUACUUCCACUUCACCUCGAGUUCCUCUCGGCUUGGAAAGUGGGGG